CAGCUCUGGCCAUCGGGCACGACGUUUCGCCUUGAUUUGUGUUUACCGCAGGUUUUCCGCGAGUGAAAACCACCCAAAAGGGUGUAAAAAAUAGUGACUUCUACUUACAAAUCGAGCUGGUGGUGAAAAACCAGGGGCAAAAAGUUAGGCAGCCUGAAAAGUGAAGACUUGUGCGCAGCACUUGUGGCGUUGCCAGACGUUUGUGGCACUUUUGUAUUUAAUUUUUUUUUCCGAUUUUUCCAGUCUCUGCAAGUUUAGUAGUGCAGAGGGAGACCGCGCUCUCUUAAAAAUAUAGGUUUUGAUCUGAAAAGUGCGGAAAAUCGGAUUCCAAUUGGAAAAUUGUUGCGUGACACAGGCGUUGCCAGACCAGGAGCAGGUCUCACGCGCCCACCUCUAGUUUGUUUUCAUUCGGAAACUGGGGGAAAAAGCUCCUUGCUCCGCACUGAUUUUGUGAAUUAAAAUUGCAAUAGUGCGCUCCCACGACCGCGAAUCCCCUCGAGAUGUCGGGGCACGCGGAACUCAAGGAGCUGGGCAUGUUCGAGCUGCGCCCGCUGGUCACCAACCUCAGCUGCAAGCUGUCCGCGGUGACGGCGGGUCUGGACGAGAAGCAGUUUUUGUGCCUGGUCAGCGAGGACAACGAGAUCCUGCUGCGCUACAUCAGCGCCUCCUGCGGCCAGGAGGUGGUCAAGAUGAUAUCCUGGUUCCGCAACCGCGUCAUCCACGACGUCUGCUUCGAUCCGGCGGGCAUUUGGCUGCUGGUGCUAUGUUUCGACAACACGCUGCACAUUGUGCCCGCCCUGGCGCUGGUGGACAAAAGCCAUGGCCUGGCCUCCUGCUCCUCCUACAGCACCACUCAGGUCACCUCCUACAUCAUACCUUUUGUGGGUCCGCACGAGUGCCCCAACUCCAAGAAGUGCCCCAACCACUCGGCGGGCCUGGGCGAGCCAACGGUGGAGCCGCUGGAUCAGCUGGCCGACCAGCUGGAGGAAGUUAGACUACAGGCGGAGGAGGAGGAGGAGCAGCAGGAGGAGGAACCACUUGGCCACGAUCUGCCCGAGCACAUGCUGGUGCGGAAUAGCGGAUCAGAGGCGGAGACAGUGCCGCAAUUACAGCCACAGCAGCAGCAGCAGCCCAUCGAUGCCACUGGCAACAGCCAGGUGAUGGCCACCUUCUUCAUGGCCUCCAAGACCUGCCCCUAUCCGCUCUCCGUCGUCUGGUGGAAGACCAACAGCGGCCAGAACAGGGCCAUCAUCGGCUACUCGGAUGGCUCCAUCUGCUUUGUGGGCCUGAGUCCCAACUGUCCCAUGAUUGCGAGCACUGCCAUCGAAAACGGAUCUGUGAUGCGUCUGGUUAUCUGCAAGGAUAAGGCCUACGAUGGCGUCAUGCUGUUGAUAACUUCCUCACUGAAGCAGCAAUACAAGCUCCUGCUAGAGCAGAAAGCUAUUAAGUACGUGUAUCCCGGGGACAGUUCACCCACGACACGCGAAGGAGCCUGGCAGAUCGUGAUGUCCGUGCAGGGAAAGCAGCAGGGCAGUGCUGUAACGGGUGCCCGCCAGAGCAAUAGCUCCGAUCCGGCCUCAGAUAGCAGCCAGUUGGAGGAGGAUGUCUUCGCACCACCGCCGUCCAGCGAGGAUGCUGCUGCGGGCAGCAGUCAAGCGGCAGACCCAUCCUCCUCCGUCCCGGCUCAGUCCACAGAGGCAAAUGCUACUGCAGAUGUGCCACCACCGCCGGCGCCACCUUCCUACAGCGAGGCAGUGGCCCGGCAAACUGGCGAUCAGCAGGGAGGCGUCCGCUUUCAGCAACAACAACUGCCAGCGGGCAGCAUGGAUGGCAUUUUGCCCGCCACAAGAGCCCGCCUAGCUUCGCUCAAGAGCCUGGGAUCCAAGAAGCUGCAGGCCAUCAAGAUGCGCCUCUCCGAUCAGCGGCAAAAGUUCGAUGAAUUUAUGCCUGACUCGACGAUGGGCUCGUUUGCUAUCAUGGACUCGCCGUCGGUGACGCCAGAGCCGCUGGGUACCACCACUGGAUCCUUUUACACCAUUCAGAGCCUGCGCAGCACCUUCCUACUGAGUGCCCUGCACAGCAACAGUCACAGCCUGACCGUGCACAGCAUCGACAUCAGUCUGAAGCCGCUGUUCGUUUACAAGAUCCCCAAGCACACACAGGAAAUACUCAUCAGCUCCAAUAUACUCUACGGCAUUCACUACGUGGACCUGCACAGUCGCAGUGACUCGGCCAUUUCCACGGCGGCCUCGUCGCUGGAGGAUCCGCUGGUGGCCAACACGGACAAGGAGAACCGGGACGCGGACAUUGAGAAGUUGGAGCAGGCGGAGGUCAGUGGCCAGAAGAGUGAUACGACAAGUGCCACGACUACGGCCACCUCGAGCCUGGAUCAAAGCGAGAUGGCCAGCAGUGCCAUCAAUGCCGUAAGCGUGAUUAGCAGUGCAAUGGCUUCCCUCCACACCUCCGACGAAGAUCGCUUUAAUAACCUAGCCCAGUUGGGUCUCUUUCGCUUCGAGCACGAAACUGUGCUGCAUUUAUAUCAGAUGGCACAGUACCGCAGUCCCGCCGGCCAACCAGAGACCCUUACCAAAGAGGAGAAGGCCAAGGCCUUUGAGCUGAAGGACAUCCACACGCCCAUGGACUACAUCCAGUUCUAUGAGACGGCGGAUGUGAGCAGUGAGUUUUCGCUGCGGCAAAUGGAGAUCAUGCAAUCCGAGUUCCCGAAGAUUAACUACGAUCCCAGCUAUGUGAUCACCAACAAGAAUGUAUAUACCAUACAGCUGAGAAAGGAGCCGUUUGAAUUGUUUCUGGAUGCCGCACUGCAGAACGAGUUCAAUCAGUGCCGCGACUUUUGCAACACCUUCGACCUCUCCUUCGAGCAGUGCAUUGAGUUCGCUGGGGACUAUCUGCUGAGGCGGAAGAAGAUUACCCAGGCUCUGCUCACGUACAACGUGGCCCGAGUGAAACCGAUACGCACAGCACUGAAACUGGCCAUGUAUGGGCACACGUACGCCCUGAUGCAACUGAGCGCCAUGGCCCUGAAGUCCACAUAUCUGCUGCGAUCGCGCUACUUGGGUCACCCGCUGCUCAAGGGCAUUUUGGGCGACAUCACCUAUCGGCACUCGGAGGAUGUGCGAGUGAUCCUGCCCGAGAAACAGACGCAGGAGGAUGUGAUCAGCGGCGCCGUCUGCAGCGACUAUCACUACGGGGUGGACGAGUCAAUCAGCGCCCUUCAAAUGUCGCCCUCAUCGCAGUUCCAUUUGGCCAACCUGCUGCUCAUCACGAUGGCCGAGAAGGCAGUGAAUGAUAAGAACUACAUACCGCUGUGGAACUUCCUGGUGACCAAUAGCAAAUAUCACACCAACAUGACGAGCAUUGUUCUCUGCCAAAGUGGACUCUUCUCGUCGGCCAUUAUACUGGCCAAAGUACGUGGUGUCUGUCUGGACACUUUCAAUGCCCUGAUCAGCGUGGUGGCCCAGGAGUUUGGCUGGUACAACGAGCUCAACGUCUGCCUGUACAAUCUAAGCGAAAAUAUAUUCAUGGAGACAAUAACUUACUUGCCGCAUGUGUCCAUGGACUACUUUGCUUUCAUCCAGGAGAAGCUGGAUCACAUAAGACCAUGUGUGUUGCAGCGCCUGGCUAGGCAACUGAAUCCCUUUUCUCCUGCUCUACGACCCAUUGUAUCCCACAGCAGCGACUGCACGAUCUCCAACGAUAAUAAUCCCCAACUGUUUGAGUUUUGCAAAAGUCUCAUUGAAACAUAUUUGGCCGUGCUCAUACAUAUGGAAUCCCAGCGGGUGAAGCAUGAUUCUAUUGUAAAUGCUUUAUCCAAUUUCCGUAUCAACUAUGAAGACAAUCAGUUUGCCAUUGAAUCAUCGCGUUUCAAACCGAUCUCAGCUGGUUGUGCCUACUGCGCCUGUGUGGUGGAUGGAACCGCCUACUUCUGGGGCUCCAGUGGCAUUCCCAGUUAUUAUAGUGCUCAAAAGUCAACAGAGCCACCUGAACCAGCGCAUGCUGUGAAAAGCCUAGAUCUCCUUUCCCAGCUCAAUUUGCAAGUGCACGCUAUUAAGUGUGGACGACAGCACACACUUAUACUAACUAAUAAUGGCCUCUAUUCAGUGGGCAACAACAAUCUCUGCCAGCUGGGCAUUGGACGGCACAUGCAGAUGGCCUUGCAACCGAUGCUGGUCACGGCCUUGGAUGGCAUGAACAUAACGAUGCUCGAGGCGGGCCAAUAUCACAAUGCGGCUGUGGCGGAUGGCAAGCUCUAUAUGUGGGGAUGGGGCGUCUAUGGCCAGCUGGGUCAGGGCAGCUGCGAGAAUAUAGCUACUCCACAACUAGUCAGUUUUUUCAAGUUUAAGAAAGUUUUACAAAUAUCGCUGGGCCAUGCGCACACUCUGGUGCUGUGCGGAGCAUCCGGCAGCAGCAGCUACAUGGAGGCUAGCUACUGCAGCAACGAGCUCUUCGUGUUCGGCUCCAAUCACUUUGGCCAGCUGGGCACCGGCAACAGCGAUCACGGGGACACCAAGACGAACCUGCCAGUGCGCCUCGAAGUGGGCGGCUGCAGCCUAAGACUGAUACACACCAAAUUUUUUACCAAUUUAGUUGUAGACGAAAAGGAUCGUCUUUACACAUGGGGCAGCUCGCCGCAAGCUUUGCGUUUGGCCAAUCAAAUAAAGCGACGCGCCAAUGCCAAGCAGAAAAUGGAGGAGAAUCAGCAGCGCGAGCUGUUGAGCAAGCAAUUGGAGGCUACCCUACUGCCGGCACCCAUCCCGAGUGCCAGCGUCCUGGUGGAGCCCACCACAUCCUAUGCCGCGGUGGUGUCUGGGGCCACCCCAAAGGCGCCCAGCGAGACCAAAGAUUGUGAGGAGGACCAGAGCGAGGCUGCGCCAUCAGAUGCUACGGAGAAGAUUGCACCGGCAUGUGCGCGAGAGCCGGAAAUACUUAAGGCGGCACCACCGCAAGCCACUGGAGUUCCUGCACCAGCUGCUGCCACCGAACCGGAUCCCACGGAGCACCUGACGCCUCAUCUGGUGUCCACCAGCGAGGUGGCAGGUCAAAUUCUGCAGAUCUCAAGUGGCUUGUUCCACUUCUGCCUGAUCUCCUCCAGCUGCACGCUCUACACGUGGGGCAAGAACCUGGAGCACCAACUGGGCACCGAGGACAAGGAUCGGCGGGCGGUGCUCAAGCCCUCGCCCAUCGACAGCAUCGAGCGACCGAUGUACGUGGACUGCGGUGCGGACUUCACGCUGGUCAUGACCACCGAUCACAUUGUGCGAGCCUUUGGCGGCAAUUCGAACGGUCAGUGCGGCCGGGACUUGGGCCCCAGCGUGGAGAGGAUGCGGCAGAGGGUGGUGUGCCUGCCGACCACCAAGCGACUGAUGCGCUUCGAGAGCCAGUGCGUGGAGGCACCCGUGGAGAUAAAUCUGCCGAGACCGCGCAUCCGACUGGACCACGAUGCGGUCAGGUAUCUGAAGGUCAUGCCACCAUAUCAGCCACACUUCCUGCAGCCAGCGAACAUCAGCUUCGACCAGCGCUACUCCGUGGGCACGCCGAACUACAAGAGCAGCACGGAGCACGCGGCCACCGGGCAGGACUCGGACGACAUGCUGAGCAGUUUGGAGAAUUUGAGUCAGAACGACGCCAGCUUCUCGUACAAUGCGCCCGUGCUGGGCGAUGCCCACAGCUCAAUGGACAUGGACUACACGCCCGAAGAGCAGAGCUACGUGCCGCUGCCGGAGCAGACCUUGGGCUCGGGAAUGCCCGCGAGUGCGGAGAAACUGCUGAACCGAGCCGAUGACGACGACGAUGCCAGCACCUUUACGCAGAGCAGCGAGGGAAUGGGCGAGACGUCGCUGCAGCAGCUGCGCCACUACAUCCACUACUGCCUGUACGCCUUUCACGGGCUGUACAAUCCCGACAAGAUCGGCGAGUGCGCCCGUCCAAAUCGCAACGAGUACCGCAUACGCAUCUGCAUGCUCAACUUUCGCUUCGUGGAAGCCUUCCGGCUGUGCCUGCAAAGCUGCGACUCCGCCCAGCGCACCCUCAAGUUGUUCGAGUACUUCAGCAAGGACACGGGCUAUGUGCCGCUGAGGAGAUCGGACCUGAAGCACCUCAUCUAUCACCUGUGUCUGCACUUCCUGGAGCGCAAGUUCGAUAUGCUGGAGUGCGAGCGCUUUUUCAUGGGCGAUCUGGACUACUAUCUGCUGGAGCUGGCCUACGUGUUCUACUUCAACAACAACAACACGACCCUGCAGCAGAAUCUCAACCAGAAGUUCAAGCAGCUCAUUGCGGCGGCGGCGGAUAGCAAUCAGGCGGCUGGUCAAGAGCACCAGCAACAGCAGCAGCAGCAGCAGCUGCAGGACACCGAUGUCAUAUUCGAUAGCUUUACGGUCAAGUUCAAGACGAUCCUGUGCCAGCGCCUGCUCAGCUACUCGGACUGCGAGGCUGCCAAUUAGCCAAGGUGGUUUCCCUUGCCCUUUCCGUUUCCUUUUCCGGCUGAGGUCCUGGAUCUUGUUAACUUCCGUUCGACAUGUAUCAGUUGAGGGCCCCGUCCUUGUCGUCUGUCUUGUUUAAUAUGUUUCGUUGUAAAAUCGGCCCGAGAACCGGGGACUGCCCUUAACACACACACACACACAAAAACACACCCAGAUCCCCCCACUUCCCCUACAUGUUUACGCCUAAUUAUAUAUAUAUAUACCAUAAUUGUUGUUUGCGGUUAUUUAUACAUCAAAUGCUUUAUACAGCGCUGUUAUUUAAACGAAAUAUUUAAGACAAACAAAUUGUUUAAAGAAUCCAAUUUUUGUAACGCUUUGUUUGUCAUUGGCCACGCCUGCUUUUUUAUUUGUUUACUCAAUAAACUAAAUGAAAAUCUGAAACCGAAAGAAAGUAAUCCAAAACUGCUCAUCGAACAGAUCAAAAGGAGGCUGCAGGAUAUACACAUAUACACAUACAGAUUUUUUUGUUUUUAUUCGAUAUUCAGCUUGUGAUUUGCAAUAAUUUAAUAAAACCAGAGUA